AUGAAGUCAGCAGCAUCACCAGUCUCCCUCCUUCUCUUCAUACGCGCCGCGGCAUCGGCACCCAUCCCCCACAGAGCUGGCUUGGGAUCCUCAUUCCUGUGCCCAUUCCAGUCCUGUCUUGAAUAUCCAUUCCCCUCGCCGCCGGAUACGCCUGCCACAAAGCUACGAAACCCGCACUUCCCGGACCAUCAGCUCGUGUCGGAAGAUAUAGAUACCGUAAUCGACAAUCACCCACUCACACCGAGCAUUAGCCUCUCGCCCUCCACCGCACUCACUGCGGAUCAACCUCUUUCAUCCUCCUAUCUUCUCUCGCUCGCAGGUCCCGGAUCCGCGCCCGCUCUACAAAAGCCUCCCCAAGCGGCCCCGCACCGCGCAUCUAGUGCAUCGCCCGCGAAGCCCACCAGCGCCCUUCCGGGACUACGAGAGGACGACGCAAAGAGAUACUGGGCAUCGCUACCUGUUGGCAGCGUAAGAGACGAAGCCGUGGAGCACGUGGUACUUGGUGACGGGCCGUUUGUGCCUGGCGAUGGGCGUGAACUAAAAUGUGCUUGUCGGGCGGCCGUGAAGUCGCAGGCAUACUCUGCAAGGCAGAAUGCAGGACCCGAUGUGCGCAAUGGCACAGAUGGCGUGGCUGUCGGAAUCGUGUUGAUCUUCGUUGCGGUGGUUGUAUGCGUGGAAGUCAUCGCGAAGUUGGGAAAUCUGCGAUCGCUGCUUCGAAGGCUUUCCGGCCACGGUGCAAUUUCCCUCGACGAAAACCUUAAGGAACCGUCUUGUCAGUCAUGUCCCCCUCCAUACCAAAUGGAGCCCAAAGGCAUGGAGUGCUAUCAGGACUGUGAUACUGCGGCUAAGUUAUUGCACCAUGACAAUACUGUGGAUAUGAAGGCGCAGCCCAUCCAUUGGAUAUAA